GCUCCCUUCCUCCGCUCGACGGACCGCCCUCCUUCCCUCUCUCUUCCUCACCCACGCGUUCGCCAAUGGCGACGACCCUGGUGAGACGUGUGGAGUCGUGGGUGCGGGACCAGGGGGCGCGGCUGCCACCCUGGGUGCCACCAAUCGCCGUGCCGCGGUGGCCCUGGCCCCCGCCGUCGGCGCCCGCGUGGCCGGGCGACCGCCGGCGCCAGAGGGAGCGCAUGUUCCGCGAGGAGUUUGAGCGCCGCCGCAUCCAGCUUCGCGAGCUCUGCCGCGCCGUUCGCGUCGACACCAUCGCCGAGCUGCAGGAGCUGCUCUGCGCCAUGGUCCUCGCCGAGUGCGUCUACAAGAGGCCUGUUUCUGAGAUGAUGAGAUAUAUCAAUAAGUUCAAAUCUGAUUUUGGUGGAAACAUUAUUUCACUUGAGCGUGUUCAGCCAUCCUUGGACCAUGUACCACAUCGAUAUCUUUUAGCGGAGGCUGGUGACACUCUAUUUGCUACAUUUAUCGGCACAAACCAAUACAAAGAUAUUAUUGCUGAUGUGAAUAUACUCCAAGGAACCAUAUUUCACGAGGAUACAGCUCAGGAUUUAGCUGAUGCUAUUGACUCUGAGCAGAACAGCGACCAAUUUGGUGAAGAAAACAUUGGGGUAUCCUGUCGAGAAAAACCAAAACAGUUCGGGAAAUCAAAACCUGCUGCACACCGAGGUUUUUUAGCUCGUGCUAAGGGAAUCCCAGCACUGGAGCUAUACAAACUUGCACAGAAAAAGAACAGAAAACUUGUUCUUUGUGGUCAUUCGCUUGGCGGAGCGGUAGCUGCUUUGGCUACUCUUGCUAUAUUAAGAGUACUAUCCUUGUCGUCUCCAACUAAAGAGGCUAACAGGCUUCAGGUGAAGUGUAUCACGUUUUCUCAGCCACCUGUUGGGAAUGCUGCAUUAAGAGAUUAUGUUCAUCGAAGAGGAUGGCAAUACUACUUCAAAUCGUACUGUAUUCCAGAGGAUGUGGUGCCCCGUAUUCUGUCACCUGCGUACUUUCAUCACUACAAUGCCCAAACACCCGAAGCAUCUUUUGCAAAUAGAGUGGAUGCAAGAUCAGAAGAAAAUAAGAAAACAAGCACCGAAGGUGCCAUGGAUAACAAUAGGGAACAACUUGUUCUUGGUGUUGGCCCUGUUCAAAAGUCACUCUGGAGACUUUCAAAGCUUGUUCCCGUUGAAGGAGUGCGGAAGAGUUUAAGUGUACUUAAAAAACAAGCAAAUAUUUUUGAAAAGGCAUCCACACAGUUGGAUAGUUAUUUGCAAUCGAAGGUUGAUGAAUCGGAAGAAGAGCCGUGGUCUCUUGAAAUUCAGGAAGGUUCAGAAGGGAUUGCUCUUACCCCUUUAUCUGACAAUCAUGGAGGGACCACUGAAGAAAACAAUAGGACUGAAAAAAUUAAUUCAUCUAAAGUUGGAUGUUCCAAGCGGUGGAGUAGAGUGCCUUCUUUGCCUUCAUAUAUACCAUUUGGUGAGCUUUACCUGUUGGGAGAUUCAUCAGUUACUACACUUUCAGAUUCAGAAUACUCGAAGAUGACGUCGGUGCAGUCUGUUAUAAUGGAGUUAAGAGAGCGUCUUCAGUCACACUCGAUGAAAUCCUACAGAGCCCGCUUCCAAAAAAUGUAUCAUGUGUGCAUGUGUGCAAAUGCCCCCCUUUUUACGGGCAUCGAGCAACUACAACAAUUUUCGCAUCUACAACAGCUACUUGGUCUGACAGCUACUGAUUCUGUUGAACUUGGUCACAUUGUGGAGCCUCCUGCCAUUAGAACUGCGACUUCUAUUCUUCCUCUUGGAUGGACUGGCCUUCCUGGUGACAAAAGUGCUGAACCGCUGAAAGUAGAUAUAAUUGGACAUGGUCUGCAUAUGUGCACUCUUUUCCAGGCUCAGAUAAAUGGAAGCUGGUAUUCAACGGCCGUUGAAACCCUACCAUCAACGACAUCAUAUUCAUUGGAUCAGGAGGUGCAACCUACAUUGCAAAAAAUGCGGAUUUUAGUUGGACGUCCACUAAAGCAGCCUCCAAAUUACACUAGUGAGGACUUUAUGGUUCCUGUGGUCACAGGUGCUAUGAAUCCAGAUUAUGGAGUUGAGCCCUUUGAAGAUAAAGGUUGUUGCAAGGGUUUGAAUGAAGUUAUUAUAUAUGGUACCUGUGAUUUUGUAACAAUAUGUAAAGAGGUCUAUGUUAGGACCCGGAGAGUGCGAUUGCUUGGACUAGAGGGCGCGGGUAAAACUUCCUUAAUAAAAGCAAUGUUAGGGCAACUUAAAGAAAGAAACAAUGCAGUCCUUGAGUGCAUACAUGUAGACUUGCAUGGCAAGGCAGUAUCAAAUGGAUUGUGCUACUUAGAUUCGGCAACAGUGAAGUUGCAGGACCUACCUUUAGAAGUUAGGCGCUUCAAAGAAGAACUGCAGUUAGGAAUGCAUGAUCUCAGCAGGAAGACUGACCUAAUUAUUGUUGUGCAUAACCUAGCACAUCAUAUUCCGCAGUAUUACCAGUCCAACUCUUCUGAACCUCAGCCAGCUCUUUCACUUCUUUUGGAUGAAGCCAAGGUUCUUUGUGUUCCCUGGAUUCUUGCAAUAACCAACAAAUUUGCUGUCAGCGUGCAUGAACAGAGCACAUUAAUCAGUUCAGCUAUGGAAGCAUAUAAAGCUUCUCCUGAUAACACCAAGGUUGUCAACUCUUCUCCAUUUGUAAUGCCAAGUGCUAAAAAUAGUCUGCAUCCCAUCAGUUCUACCAGUGGCGAUUUGGAGGAGGAUUCUUUCGGCAGAGCCGCUUUUCACCCAGUAAACUUUGCGUUGUCACCAUUUCAUAGGAAGGACAUUGUUAUGCAUGUGGAGGGUGUUUCUGCCCUUCAACAGCAUCUACAUCAAGUGAUUGUGAGUAAUGAAGAACCAGCUUUUGAGGAGCUUGCUCGUGAGAAAUUGUCCCUGGAGCUUGCAAGAGAGAAGGCGGUGUCUCGUCAAGCAAAGCAGAACACACGAAAAAGAGAUGGAUCUGUCACAGCUGCUGCAGUAGGUGCAUCACUUGGUGCAGGCCUGGGGAUUGUAAUGGCUGUAAUAAUGGGAGCUGCAUCAGCCCUGCGGAAGCCGUGAUGCAUUUAAUUCGGUUGUUUUAUUAACGUAUAGUUGUAUUUCAUGCUUGUUAUUGAAGAACGCCUAGUAGACGGCACUAGUGUAAGAGCAUCUACAACCAGGAUUGCCUAAUUUUGAUCCCCAAACAUCCGCAGAUGAACCCGGUCACUCGUUUGGGCCUACAUUUAUGUAUACAUGCAACCUGUCCGUUACAUCCUUUCUAAAUUAUCCGGUUAAAUGCAUGUGAAUGGUGGAGAUGAAGAGGGAAAGAUAAAAGAAAAAAAGAAAAAGAAAAAGUGAUUCAGGAUGGGUCGCAUCCUACUUGAAAGGCUGCCCGGGCAUGCCCGAACAUCCCUGUAUUUGGUGUGGAUAUGGGGAUUUACGGACAACCUGAUCAUAUAGGGAUAAAAUGGGGGUUCGGUUGGGUGGCUUUUUCCCCCCUCUCUCGUCUGGACAGUGACGGGAUGGCGAUUGGGCUCUUUGAUAGGACAUUUGAGGAGUCCGGUUGUAGAUGCUCUAAACAAGGGAGAUAAUCGCUCCAAUUCAAAAUAAUUGAAGUUUUAUAUUUGUUC